CGUUCUCUCUCGCCAAGAAGAAGAAGAAGAAGAAGAAGAAGAGAUCAAAGAACUCCAUUGUUGUUCUCUUUCUUCUUCUUUGCUUCUCGUUCUCUUUUUCGAUAUUCAUUGAUUGAUUGAUUGAGUUUUGGAAGGAAGUGGAGAAGAUGCCUAGAAGAGAGAACCAAGAUGUUCAAGAUAACAUCCCAGGCAUUGCUCCCACUCCUCUUCCUCAAUCUGCAGCCAAGCAGCCUCUCCCUGUCGCCAAGUCUGUUGACGCUCAAUCCGUGCUUAAAAGGCUGCAGUCUGAACUCAUGGCUUUAAUGAUGAGUGGAGACCCAGGGGUUUCUGCAUUCCCUGAGGGUGACAACAUCUUCUGCUGGAAAGGAACUAUCACUGGAAGUAAGGACACAGUGUAUGAGGGAAUGGUUUACAAGCUCGCCCUCUCCUUCCCAAAUGACUACCCCUUCAAGCCUCCCAAAGUUAAGUUUGAUUCCUCCUGCUUCCAUCCCAAUGUCGAUGUUUAUGGGAACAUCUGCCUAGACAUUCUCCAGGAUAAGUGGUCUUCUGCUUAUGAUGUAAGAACCAUACUUAUCUCCAUUCAGAGUCUCUUGGGAGAACCAAACAAUGACUCUCCUCUCAACACUCAAGCAGCAGCAUUAUGGGGUAAUCAAGAAGAGUAUCGAAAAAUGGUGGAGAAGCUGUACAAGCCUGCCCAACAAUCUUAAUACAAAAACAUGGAUAUACAAAUCUUUGUUUGAGCCUUUGAGACGAAUAAAGGAAUAUUACUUUAUAUUCCAAAAGUGCUUGUUGUGACAAAUUUGGUUUGAUGUUCUCUUUUGUUAUUAUUGAACGUUGAUCAUAUGUAGUGCCAGACUUGAGGGGACACAUACAAUUUGUUGCAAUGGUUUAUUUCCUUUGAACAAAAGAACUUCCGAACUAUGAUUUGGUUCCAUGUGAUCAUGUUUGUUGCAAGGUUUUCUUCAAAUUUUGGAGUAAAAUGAGUACAAAUUAUGGCUGUGA